UCGGAAACCCUGUGGAAUUGGGCUUUAAAUAUGAGCUUGGGUUCUGCUGACAAUAGAAUUGUUGAAACAGAAAAGAGAUUAGGCGUGAGCAUGUGGAUGGAGAGAGCAUUGAUAGUGUUGGUGCUUCUACUCCACGUCCACCAAAUUGACGGAGGAGAUGGUUGCCUCGCCUCUUCCUGCGGCAAAAUCAGAAACAUAUCUUAUCCAUUCCGAUUGAAAGGAGAUCCAGAAGGGUGCGGUCUCCGCGAGUACGAGCUAUCUUGUGAAAACAAUACAACGCUGUUAUCUUUGCUCUCGGGAACGUUUCAUGUGAAGGCCAUCAACUACAAUAAUUUCACAAUUCGAGUUGUGGAUCCUGGACUUCAACAACCGAACUGCUCCUCUCUUCCUCGCUAUUUCUUGUCUCAAUCCAAUUUCACUGAUUCUUACGCCAACGUCUUGAAUCCCUACCAAACAAGUUAUGCGAAGUUUGUUAACGAGUAUAUAGUGUUUUUGAGUUGUAGCCAUGGAGUGAGUGGGAAGCGAAAGUACGUGGAUACUGGUGGAUGCCUGAAUUGGGACUCCAAAGGUUACACAUACGCUAUGGCUGGUGACCUAUUAGCAGAGGACUUAGAAGUUGGUUGUGAUGUAAAGCUGGUUGCUCCCACAUCGUGGUGGGGUUUCGACACAAAUAAUUAUUCCUACGCCAUGAUCCACACAGCGCUACUCUAUGGAUUUCAGCUUUCGUGGAUUUCUCUCGUCUGUGAGGGUCGUUGUGCACGCACUGGCUUAUGCUAUUUCAUUGACAGCAGCCAGACGGUUGAAUGCUUCCCCGGUGAAGUUAAACCUUCGGGACUGCUGUAUUUUUUACAGAUGACUAUUGUUAAUAUCAUACAAGGAUUACUUAUAGCAAUACACAGACCAAACGAAUAUGUACCAAUUCAAUUCACUAUAUAUCCACCUGAGGAUAUAUAUGGAUUAAUUAUGUUGGGACAAUAUGGUAUACCAUACUCCAUAGCUAGAUAUGUUAUUGGCACGAUCUUGUUUAUUGUUCUAUUGAUAUACAAGUGGAAAAGAAGACAUUCCUCCGCAUAUGAAAAUAUUGAAAAUUAUUUAGAGCAAAAUAGUUUGAUGCCUAUUCGAUACUCAUAUAAGCAAAUUGAGAAGAUGACCAAAAGUUUCAGUGAAAAAUUGGGUGAAGGAGGCUAUGGCUCUGUAUUUAAGGGAAAGUUACGUAGUGGACCUUGUGUUGCCAUAAAAGUGUUACAAAAAUCAAAAGGUAAUGGACAAGACUUUAUCAAUGAAGUUGCAACAAUUGGAAGAAUACAUCAUCAAAAUAUAGUGAAUUUAAUAGGAUAUUGUGUUGAGGGCUCAAAACGUGCUCUUAUUUAUGAGUUCAUGCCAAAUGGAUCUCUUGAAAAAUUUAUAUUUUCCAGAGAAGGAAAUCAACAUUUAUCCUAUGACACAAUAUAUAAUAUAGCAAUUGGAGUAGCUCGUGGAAUUUCUUAUCUACAUCAUGGAUGUGAGAUGCAUAUUUUGCAUUUUGACAUUAAACCUCAGAACAUCCUCCUUGAUGAAAAAUUCACCCCAAAGAUCUCUGACUUCGGAUUGGCAAAAUUAUAUCCAACAGACAAAAGUGUUGUGACUAUGACAGCAGCAAGAGGGACAAUUGGGUACAUGGCUCCAGAAUUGUUUUAUAGAAAUGUUGGAAGAAUAUCAGAUAAGUCUGAUGUUUAUAGCUUUGGAAUGCUUCUAAUGGAGAUAGCAAGCAAUAGAAAAAACCUAAACCCUCAUGCAGAGCAUUCAAGUCAACUUUACUUUCCCUUUUGGGUUUAUGAUCAACUUGAUAAAGGUAAAGAUAUAGAAAUGGAAGAUGUCAUAGAGAAUGAGAACAAAAUUACUAAAAAGAUGAUCAUAGUUUCACUUUGGUGUAUACAAUUGAAACCAAAUAAUCGUCCUUCUAUGAAUAAAGUAAUCGAAAUGCUUGAAGGAGACAUUGAAAACCUACAAAUACCUCCAAAACCUUCUUUGUAUCCACAUGAAACAUUCAAAGAUAGUCAAAGAAUCUGCUCCGACUUCAUUAGUUCUUCAAGUUUUUCCAUGGAGAUGGCUACUAAUGCUCCACUAAAUGAAAGUAUUUGAUAAUGUAGAUUAAUUAUAUGUU